AUGUUAUAUCUAAAUCGAAUCUGUACAAACAUUGAUAAUAUGAGCUCAUUGAAAUCCAACGAAGUUGCCAUCAACUUGAAAUUAUUUAAGGUAUUUCGUUUUUACCAUAUAUUUGAUCCAAAUAGCGGAAAACUUUGCAAAUUCAAUGUUUACCAUUUAGCUUGGUACAUCAUAAAUUGCGUCAUUGGUUGUAUAUUAAUUUACGGAUUGUUGGGUUAUUUUACUGAAAUGGAGGAUGUUAUCGACAGCAUUUUUCACAUACAGAUAAUGUUCUGUUAUUUGCUCUAUUCUCUAAGUUUACUUAAAAUAAUCACGUUUUUAUACAAAGCAAAUAACAUUUGGGAUUUACUCCGUGUCACUCGCAUAAAUUUUUUGACGAGUACACAGUGUCAAGCACAUAUUGGAAUCCUCCAUAAACAUCGCAACAAAUCAAUAAAAAUUACAAAUCUCAUAAGUGGUUUUGCAAUCGUGACUACCCUCGAAUGGAUCUUGUUUCCUCUAGUGCUGCGGUUGUUGUCAAAAACAGACGCAAGCCAUUCAAAUAAACGCUUUGAGAAUAUUUUUAACUUUCGGUUCCCGGUGACCGUCUGUGAAUACAAUAAUUAUUAUUUUAUAUUUUAUAUCAUGGAGUCAUUUAUUGCAAUAUUUAUGUUAUACGCAUACGUAGUGACUGAUGUCUUCUUUAUUUCUGUCUGCUAUGUCAUAAUUGCUCAAUACGAGAUAAUCAAACGGGCUUACGAAAUUGUCAACUGUGAACAGACUUCCGAAAAUAAUAAUGAAAACAAAAACCAUAAUAAUAUUAUUGUGAACGACUGUUGUGAUGAUUUAAUAUCGAUUGUGAUGGACCAACAAAAUCAUUACGCGAAGUUAAGGUUAUUUUAUUCUACAUAUAAGCUUAUAAUUGUAUCAACUGUUGUAAUAAAUUCAGGGUCUAUCAUCAUUUUAACAUACGCAUCUGUUGUGAUUUUCACUUCACCAGAAACCAUACCAAUUCUUAGUAUAGUCAAGUUGAUAUCAGCAUUUACAUACAUGUUUUUUGUUUUAUUUUUCCUAUGUUAUUUAAUGGAAUGCAUCAACAAUAAAAUAGAAUCCGUCCAACUUGGGAUGUAUAGUUGUAAUUGGACAGCGAUGAAUAUAAAAUCAAAAAAAUUGUUAUUGUUCUCAAUGCGGAUGCACAAUGCUAAUAAAUUGAUGAUUAAAACAACACCAAACAACAUCAUCAACCUACAAUUAUUUAAUAGCGUAAUGAUGACAUCCUACAACAUUGUCUCAGCUAUGGUGAAUACACGUUCUAAAUAAAAUAAGGAAGAUUAAUAUAUAAUAUCAACAAAAUUC